AUGAAACCCAAAACAGAAGUCCUGAUCACAGGCGCAGGCCCAACAGGCCUUGUCCUCGCCCUCUGGCUACACAAACAGGGAAUAAAAACUCGCAUAAUCGACCAAGCAGGCGCACCCGCAAAGAACUCACGCGCACUAGUCGUGCACGCCCGAAUCAUAGAACUAUAUCGCCAGCUCGACCUUGCCGACAACCUCCUAGAAAUAGGAUACAAAUUGCCCGCAACAAACCUCUGGGUCCACAAACGACACAAAGCUCACAUUCCACUGGGUGACUUCGGCGACGAGCUGACGCCCUACCCGUUCAUGCUAACAGUUCCACAAGAUGAACAUGAACGCAUGCUUGAGAAAAGACUCAAUGAUCUUGGGAUCUUUGUUGAGCGACGGGUGAAGUUGCUUGGCUUUGUGGACCAUGGGUCUAACAUUACAGCGACACUUUUCAGGGAUGCUGAAGGUAUCUCGGAGACGUUUGAUGCGUCUUAUAUUGUCGGCUGUGAUGGUGCGCAUUCUGUUGUUCGACAUGCAAUUGGGGCCAAGUACGAGGGGGAGACAUAUAAGCCGCUUUUUUAUAUCGCCGAUGUUGAAAGUCGGGAUCAGACUCUUGCUAAUGGGGAGGGGCAUUUGAUGGUCUCGAAUGAUACUUUCAAUUUGAUUGUUCCUUAUAAUAAGGAAGGGCAUGUUCGACUUGUUGGGGUUACAAUUCCGGACAGCAGUGAUGAGACUCAACACCAUGCAUUAGCUGAGGAAGAGCACAAGAUUACCUUUGAUGAUGUUCAGCCUCAGAUUGAAGAGGCUAUGGAUCUGGAGAUUGAAAAGGUUAAUUGGUUCUCUACUUACCGCAGCCACCACCGCGUUGCUGAGAAGUUCCGGAAGAAUCGAGCUUUCCUUGUCGGUGAUGCGGCUCAUAUUCACAGUCCGGUUGGGGGUCAGGGCAUGAAUACUGGUAUCAUGGAUGCGAUCAAUUUGGCAUGGAAAUUGGCAACUGUCUUGAAAAAGGAAAUGGAUGAUGAAGCUAAGCACCAGCUGCUGGGAUCGUACGAUUCCGAACGUCGCGCCUUUGCUUUGAAGAUUGUUACAUCCACCGAUGCGGGUUUCACCACACUGACAUCGAAGGGAAUAUUCCCACACAUCCUUCGGAACUGGCUCAUUCCUUAUCUUUUACCGCUCGCAGUGAAAUUCGAACAUGCCCGGACUCAGAUCUUCCGCGGUGGAUCGCAGCUCAUUUGCAACUAUCGGGGUAGCAGUCUGAGUCAAGACGGUGCAACUGGGAUGGUGCAGUCUGGGGAUCGUCUUCCGUGGACCAAAAUGAGCCAGGGAGAUAACUUUUCCACGUUACGCGAUAUUGGCUGGCAGAUCCAUGUAUACGGGGAGACGCGGUCUCUUGGAGAAUGGGCCCAGCGGAGGGCGAUUAAGAUCUUUGUUUUCCAAUGGGAUGAGCAGUGUGCCAAGACGGGGCUUAUCAAGAAUGCGGUUUAUUUGCUGCGCCCUGAUCAUUAUAUUGCCGGGAUCUUUGAGGGCCCUGUUGAAUCGGAGCUUGAGAAUUACUUCUCUGCCCGGGGCCUGUAG